AGCAGGAGCGGAAGGGCGUGGUUUGUUUACAAGCGGAAGCAGGAAGUGGGUUUCUUGGCAACGGGUGUCUUAGCCCUCCGGGGCCGUGUUGAGGGGAUGGAGGUGAGCUUGACCUGCGCCGUGUGCCUCUCGCUAUUCGAGGAGCCCGUCACGCUCCCGCUCUGCUCGCACAACUUCUGCCGCCGCUGCCUGGCCGAGUGCCUCAGCGCCGCCGAGACGACGCCCGCGGCCUCCGGGCGGGCCUCGACUCGAGCCACUCAGACCAGCGACGGAGGCGGAGGAGGCGGCGGGACUUUGUCGGUGCCCUGCCCGCUCUGCCGCAAGCUCUGCCCGCUGCCUCCAGAAGGCGGGGCGGCCUCCUUGCCGGUGAAUACCACCCUGGCUGAGGUGGUGAAGCUCUUCCGGGCCAGCCAUGGCGCCCAGGCCGAAGCGGGGCCUGCGGAGGCCUCCUCGGCGCUGGCCCCGCAGCUGGCGACGCUGGGCCUGCCCUGCGGGAAGCACCCGGGCCGCCCCCUGCAGCUCUUCUGCCGGAUAUGCCUCCGCGCCGGGUGCGGGCAGUGCGUCUCCGAGGAGCACCGGGGACUCUUCCACGCCGUCAACCUCAUCGACAUCGUCUACCAGGAGGAGAAACUGGCCUUUUAUAGCAAUCUAAAGAAAAUAAGAGAGUUACAAGCAAACCUACUGGAGGAAACAACUUCAUCAGCUAAUGCAGAGGUAGAAAUGCAGAAUGAAGAGGAGAUUAUUAAAACUGAAUUUGAAAAAGUCCGUAAUGCUUUGGAAACAAGGAUGAAACAAAUGCUUGAAGAUCUUGAGAGCCGGAAGAAAUGGAAAGAAAAGGAGUAUCAGAUAUGGAAACGAAUGAAGGACGUUCACCGGAAAUCCAUUGAAAAUGUUCUGAAUGAUUGUGAGAAGAUUUUAGAUGAAUGCAAUCCCCAGCAUUUCUUAGAGGUUGCGUGCAGCUUGAAUCAAAGAAUGGAAACUCAGCUGGACUUAAUGCAAAUGGCAUCCAAACAUGAAAAUCAGUCAGAACACAGAGAAAGGCAAAUGGAUACCACAUCUGUAAUUAAUGAUAUCUUAGCCCUAAAUCUCACUGCAGUUAAUUUGGAUACUGACACAGCAGAUAUUCCUCUCAGUGUUAGUGUAUGUCCCACAUCUGCAAACUAUGGAAUUAAGUGGGAAGAUAAGAAAAACAGAAAGGAUGCCUUCUGCCCAGUGGCAGGAGAAGACACUGAUUUGUUUGGUAUCCGAAUUCCUACUCGGUAUAUGUCAAUAUCUGCAGGAAUUGAAUUUGGAGACAUGAGUCAUGAGGAAAUGCGCUAUAACUAUUACAGGAGACGUCAAAUACAUCCAAGUACCUUGCAGACACAGGCCACUCCUGUAAAUGAAAACCAUGCAUUGCCAAAGUUUCUGUUUUCCGAAAGCACUUCAUUUGCUCCCAUUUGCCUUACUGCCGAAGCAGAACAUCAAAAGAAACAGAGGAUGCAAGCGUUGGAAAGACAAAGUAACAAGGGAACUGGUUGGUCUGAUCCAGUUGGUUUUACAUUCGAGACACAAGCUGUGAACUUGAAUUUCUCUGGCUCCAACAAUAAUUUGCCUCAGUUCAAUGUGAAAGAACCUCAGAAUAAUAGCAAUGAGAGCUCACUGUCAAAAAAUAGCAAGAACUGUAUGAAUGCAGCAACAAAUCCCGUGCUUCCUGCAGUAACAGUUCCUUCAGAAACGCAUGUCCCCUCAACUUUGUUUUCAAAAGUGCCCGUGACAGCAGCAACAUCUGCACCUACUUUAAGCCAGUGUCCUUUAGGUGGUGCUGCAGAACAGCCAACUGCACCUCUAGAUUCCAAUUCAAGUGGCACCUUCACAACACCUAAGGGGUCAGGCUUCUUCUUCGGAAAAAAAAUGGAAGUAUUCCCCACGCUUUUCCUUGGAAAAUCUGUAAGCCAAGAUUGUGACACUGGUAAUAUAAAUGGGUAUAACUCCUCAGAUUCUGUAGCUACUACCACUAGUACCGUCACAGGUUCUAAGCCAGUCACGUCAGUUAGUGAGAAUGCUUCCUUCUCAGCUUUUUCUACUAGUUCCAAAAGUGAUUGUUUUCAGAAAACUAAACUAAGCAGUUCAGGUCAAACUUCCUUUACUCUUCCUUUUGAGAAUAUACAGCAAGAGAACAAAGCAGCUUGUUUCAGUAUGGAGACCAAUAAGGGGCACAAUUGUCUUGUUGCCUCAUCUGCAGUAUCUUCUAAGGACUUGGUUUGUACCUCUAGCUUCACUUCUAACUUGAUAUCUGGUUCAGCUUUGGAUCAGAGAGGUGCUUCCAAAAAGCAGGCUGUUCCUACUAAGCUGUCUUCUACUUGUUUUUGGACUAGCGAAGAGGCAUGUCUGUUUUCUUUCAAAGGAACCAUGGACAAUCAUUGUGACAUUCUAGCCACGCAACCUUUCAGCAGAAUUAAAUACGUAAAUGUUAAAUCAAAAAUGAAGUCAAAUGAAAAAUACUCAGCUGCAACAACCCCUGUGCCCACUCAAGGACCUGAAAAUCAGGUGGCCUGCUCUUCCUCCAUUGCCAAUGGUUCAAAACCAGAAACUGCUGAUAAGCUUGUUCCUCAGAAAAAUGUCUGUGAUUCUGCAAAUAGUACUUUAACUUCAACUAAACUUACUGAAACAACAAAUACAUUAGGAAACCAUGUACUGGUUGUGGAAGAUCAGAAGUCUUCCUCAGUAUCCAAUGGACCAAGUUGCAUAGUAAAUUCAGAUUCUGAUGGGGAAGAUGUAAGCCAAGUAUCUAAUGCUAGUAAAUCUAGCACCGUUUCUGAAUAUUUUUCUCUGGCUGAAGAUAACACAUUCUCCAUUUGAGAACUGCAGUAUCCAAUAAAAGUAAACAGAUUUUAUUGAGGACUAUUAACCUUGCAUUAUUUGUACUUCAAGGUAGCAGUGUGAUCAAAUUUAAUACUGGUCUCAACUCUAUUUAUAGAAUCUAAUACUGUAUUCUGAUGCAUUUAUGACUCGUGAGAUUUUCCGAGUUUGAUCUCAAACAAUUAAGCGUGAAUGUCAUUUAAAUUAAUGAAAUUGUGACUAUAUAACAGCUGUUUUAUAAUGAAUGGGAACAAUGGCAUUUUUUUUUUUACAUCACUGGCUCCAAUACACUAAACAUGUUUUUCAUAACUAACUAUAGGUCGGUUCAUUCAGUAUCCUUUGGAGCCAUGUUUUGUGAAGCCAUAAAAAAAUCACUGCCUGCGAUUCCUUCUACCCCUUUUCUCAUUUCUUCAUGCACUACGUAGCUUCCAUUUAACAACCAAAAUAAAGAGUACUGCCUUGAAUAUUGAUAUACUAAACAAGAUCUGGCAUAAUUGGUUAUAAGUCUUAGUAACCAAACCUUAAGUAGAUAUUUUCUGUUUCUGAUAAAGCAGUGUGCAUUGGCCUUAAAAGGUUUAAGUUGAUGGUCAAGUAGGAGACAGGAUUAUCCUAGAAAAGGUGUGGAAAAUUGGCUAAUUCUUACCUUCAUGAAUGUCAACAGGCAGUGCUCCUUAAAGUAGUGUAGAUUGUUGUUUUUAACAAAUAUACAGCAUAAUACUAUGCCUUUGAGUGUUUAUACACUUCCCUUUGAAAUCUCUUAAAUAUUUUCUUCUAUGUAUUUAUAUUUUAGUUACACUCAGCCUGCCAAAUUUCUUAUUUCCUGUGAGCAUACACAUUGUGGAAUUCAGAUCUGUUGAAUCUGAAUAACUAUGCCUGCCUUAUUCAGUGAAAGAGGUUGGAUCUAGUCCACAAGUUAUGAAAGAAGCUUAAUGAAGCUUGAAGAUGUGGCACAAAUAAGCUGCUUUGCACAGAGCAUUACACUAUGGGCUUCUUUUGUAGCUCCAAGCAACAUAUGUAAUUAAUACUAACUUAAUUUUGCACAAUAAAUUUUGAAACAAAAA